ACAGGUAAAAACGUAGCAGCAGUGUUACAUAGAAGUCAACCAAAGACAACACCUGUUGCGUUCAGUGCACAAAAAUUUUUGAAUAGUGUACAUUUUUCCAACUCAACGAUGUGAAAUUGGGCCCAAAUACUAAACUCAAACAUCACAAUAUUUCAACAUCUCAAAAAUGUUGAAAGGUGCAUUGAUUUUGACUUUGUGCGGGUUAUCUCUUGUGGAAUGCGGGCUUAGCCUGGCAGGUGUAAAAUGCGGCGUCAAAUCUUGCAAGUUGAAUGAAUAUUGUUCCGAAUUUGAUAGGACCUGCCAACCUUGUUCUACUAUCUGCAACGACAGUAGCCACAAUUACGACAGGAGCCUAUGUGAAAAAGAAUGUCAAGAUUUCAUCCACGACAACUUAUAUGUUAGAAAAGACUCUGUAGGAGGCACUGGAAACGAUGAUCUGAGAGGUACUGUGGAGCGUCUUUCCCGCAUAGUGACCGGUACACUUAUUAUUGUUUGUUUGAUGCUAAUUGUUCUAUUCUGCUUCUUGUGCUUCCAGUUCUACAGAUGGAAAGAUAAGAAGAAUAUAACAUUUGCUUCUCUGAAAAAUAAAAUUUUUGGCAAAAAAGCUUCUACAACGGUGAGUGUUUCAAAAAUACUAUUCACAAGAAACUGACAAGAGACUGUCAUU